AGGAAAAAAAAAACCCAACAAGGCAUUCAUUGGCGGGAUUAAUUUCUCAUUCAUGUUUAUUUGAUGCCGCUAUCCAUUAAUCCGAAAUCUUCCUCCACGCAAUUCUUAAAAAACGCGCGUCAGCUCAUCGGAGGCGCGGACCACUGACGAAAUGAUUUCGGCCCAGCAGGUGUUUAAAGCCUGCCUACGGAGGAACUGUCACGUAUACCAUUGGAAUACUAUAAAGAGCGCCGGCGCGCCUUUGGCAAUCGUUUGGCUGAUACCUGACGAUCCGGAAGUGACGAGUCGGAAUGCGAGGAUUGUAUCUUCAUCUUCUGCUGUUCUUUUUCUCACACAGCAUGGCAUCUAGAACGCCGGUAUCUCCUCUUGGUUGGUUGGGACUUCAUCGGCAUAACAAAGUCUAUUCUUGGCUAACUCCAUCGGUCUGUGUGAAAGCUUACAAACAGCAACUUAUAGCCCCAGUACAGAAAGCAGCUUGCAAAAGGAACUUGGCCCUUAUGCCUGUUAUGGUGACCGCAUCUCGACACGUUUCUGAAACCUGUCAAGAAACUUUUCGCCAUAACAGAUGGAACUGUUCGACUGUUGAUCUGGCUCCACGAUUUGAACAAGACAUUCUCAGAGGAACUCGUGAACAGGCAUUUGUAAGUAGUUUGGCAGCAGCAGGAAUAGCCAUCUAUGUAGCAAGAUCUUGUGCAGAAGGCAGGAUAAAAACUUGCGGUUGCGGAAAGCAAUCCAGAGAACCACCGUCAUCGGACUUCAAUUGGGGAGGAUGUGCUGAUAAUGUGGGAUAUGGUGUCAAAGCUGCAAAGGCCUUCUCGUCUGAGCCGUUUGAUAGGCGGAAGUUCAAAGCUAACGUCGACAUUCGUUUGCAUCGACAUAACAGCAGAGUCGGAUGGCGAGCUGUACGAUCAUCUGGGCGCCUUCAGUGUAAGUGUCAUGGUGUAUCUGGGUCCUGUGAGCUGAAGACCUGCUGGAAGGCGGCUCCCACUCUCAUGGAGGUCUCUCAAAAGCUCAAACUGAAACACAGGGAUGCUGAAGAGGUUCAUUCGGUGCCUGUGGGGAGGAGAAACAAGCUCCUGCCCAUCACAGCCAGAUUCAACAAAGACGAUCUCGUUUACACAGUUCAGUCACCAGAUUAUUGUGUUUAUGACCCGAAAACAGGAUCAAGGGGAACAAAAGGAAGGGAAUGCAAUGCGACCGGAGAGGAUUCAUUUGGAUGCAAGGAGAUGUGCUGUUCAAGGGGUUACCUCACAUCGUGGGAUGAGGUCGAAGAACGAUGCGGUUGCAAGUUCCAACGAUGCUGUUACGUCACUUGCAAUACAUGCAAAAAGAGAACACACGUCAACCUCUGUCUGUGAAGACGUUAAUGGAAUGCGUUACAAUUUAAAUUAAACCACGCAUCAACCGAAUAUUGAUGCGAGCAAAUAUUCUCGAGCUUGUUAUCCCAGGAGCUGGGAUGAAGUAAGCUUGGAAAGCUUAUUGAAGUGCAUCAUGGCUGCAAUGUUGAACACUUCUUGUUGAAAUAUUAAACUUGUUGAAAUAUCAACCGAGGUUUAAUGAUGCUCUCGAGCUUUCUGUUUCAAACGAAGAAAUGGUGUAAACUUGGAAAGCUUUUGUUGAAGUAAGCAUCACCUUAUCUGUUGACGCAGAUUUUCUCAAGUUUUCAGUUUCAAACGAAGGAAUGAAAUAAGCUGGAAAAACUUUUGUUGAAGUAUGCAUCAACUUAGUAUUGAUGCAAAUGUUCACAAGCUUUCCCAAAUUUAUUAGGAGAUGCUUGAACAAGCAAAGGAAUGAAGUAAACUUGGAAAGCUUUUCUUGAAGCAUUUAUCAACUUAGUAUUGAUGCAAAAUGUUCUCAAGUUUUUUGUUCCAGAAGAAAUAAUAAGAAAACUUCUUUUGUUCCACGUCUAUGGUUGAACUGUUGAAAAAAAUCUUCUUGUUUAGUGAUGUAUGCUAGUUGAAUUAUGAAUCCUGAAAAAUAUGCUUAUUAUGUACAGAUAGGUCUCUGGCAUUAUUUUUUAAGAAAACAGAGACUGAUUCAGUUUCAGCUUGCUAUGGAACGACAUUCACAAGUAACAAACAACAUUCAGACCAGUCACUGUUCACCAAUUUUUAUAGUUCAGAAAACACUCGGAAGUGUUGUUUUUCGCAACUUGUUUUCAUUUAAAAAAAUGCUUGUUUUUGGAAAUUCUUUUUGACAUCUAUAGUUGAUCUAUUAGAAAAUAUUUCAUGUAAGAUUUGGCUCAUAUAAAAAAAAAAAGAGGAAAAUUAUCUUCAAUCGUAUUUUAAGAAUUGAGCACUGGAGCAAAAUUUAAUACAAAAAGGACAAGAAAUAAAUUUUUUACGCUGACCAUUAUUUGACUACCGUUUUUUCUCUUCUUCACAAUAUGGUGAUAAUUUUUCAUAAUAUCAUCUAAAAUGAUAAAAUUCUUAACAAAUCAUCGUAUUUGCUAGUUAGAGACCUAGGAGAUUUGCAUGAUACAAGAUCUAUAAGUACUAAGUGCUUACAAUUGUGAUAAGUUUGGAAGAGAUUGAAUACUAUUUUCUUCAAAAAUGUAUUGCUUACAAUAAAUUAUUUUUUGACUUAA